UUUCUUUUAAGCCACUUAGUAAAAAGAAACAUGAAAACCCUUCCAUUUUCUGCCGUUUUCCUCAUUGUUCUCUUCAUUGCUGCAGGGAAUGAGUCAAAGAUGGUAAAUGCAAUAGGAAGCUGUGAUGUGAUGGGGCAUGGCGGGGGGUGCGAAAUAAACGAAUGCUUCAAUGGAUGCAGGGCCAAGUUCGGUCAAGAUGCUCAUGGCUUUUGCUUCACUAUCCAUACUUCCGACGACACUUGCAUCUGUCGUCACCCUUGUUAAUCAAUAACCAUACUUUAUUUCCAGUAGUUUUUAUUUCUACGUUAGUGCAUCGCAUGUAUUUGCUAUGCUAUUUAUAUUAAAUAAAUUGACGUUUACCCAGAACGUCGUAUGUCACACAUAUUUGAUUUGGCUAUCUGAAGC